AUGCAGGCUGGGCAGGCAGUAGUGGACAACCCCAUCUAUCUGAGUGACAUGGGAGCGGCUCUAACAGGGGCCGUGUCACACGAGCUACAGGACGUCCUGGAAGAGACCAAUGUAAGUGGACAGGGAUUGUCCUUACUAACAAACAUUAUCAGCUCUUUACAAUCUUUUCUUUGCCUUUUCUUUCUAUGGAUGUUCAAACUAGAAAAAUAAGAAAUUAAGCCCAUAAGUAUAUGCUUUGUAGCUCAAUUGGUAGAGAGAGCGUGGUGUUUGUAACGCCAGGGUAGUGGGUACAAUUCCCGGGACCACCCAUACUUAAAAUGUAUGCAUACAUGACUGUAAGUCGCUUUGGACAAAAGCGUCUGCUAAAUGGCAAAUAUUAUAUUAUUACAUUUACAUAUUAUAUCGACAUAACAUACAAUUCUCAGUACUUCAUCAAGACAAUCAUUUUUCAAAAACGUUUUAACGCUCUCCUCAGAUUCCCAAACGUCUGUGCAAGGCUUUAUCGCUGCUGAAGAAAGAAUAUGAGCUGAGUAAGCAGCAGCAUCGCCUUGGCAGUGCCUUGGCAGUGCCUUGGCAGUGCCUUGGCAGGGAGGUAAGUGACGUCUCCCUCAUUAGCCAAUUUUGAGAUGUACAGUACCUCUUCAAAACAAUUUUUUCAUCAGCUCAAGCUCUUUGCUAAAUUAAAUGACAAAUCUUACUGUAAAAUAGUGUCCUAAAUGAAUGGGAAAAGAUGGGCCGUGCACCAAUCCAAUAUGACAACUCUUUGAUUCCCUGGACAGAAUUAAAUAGAUCACAAUAUUUGAUAUAAUUAUGAUAUUGUAUCUGUAUUAUUCUCUGUGGGAAGUACCUCCUGCAGGAGCAGCUGAAGAUCAUUAAGAAGGAGCUAGGCCUGGAGAAGGAGGACAAGGACACCAUCAAGGAAAAGUUCAGGGAGAGGCUGAAGGAUCGCACUGUGCCCCAGCACAUCAUGGACGUCAUCAAUGAGGAGCUCAACAAACUCAGCCUGCUGGACAACCACUCCUCAGAGUUCAAGUCAGUCCCUGAACCCUGAAUCAACCCCUAGCCUGUCCCUGCCCCAUAGGAACGUGUAGAUCGGAGAGGAUUGCAUGGGUUUAAGCAAUAUGGCGACAAUUCCACCUGGCCUAUCAGAGGGCAAAAUGGAGCUUACCACCAUAUUGCUUACACCUGUCCAAUCCUCAUAGAUGUACGCAAGUGCCAUGGGGGUAGGGGCUAGGGGUUGAUUUUGGAGUCAGAGUGUGGCCUCCGCUUUAGCCUCACCUUUGAAAAAUCACUCAGAAAGAUCAUUGGAUUUUUUGUCACAUAUGUCCUAUUUUAAACAAACUCUGAAAAUACGCUCUUGAACAUGUAUGUGAUGAACAUGACUCUUCUAUUAAACUCUCCGUUGAUUCUGUAUGCAGUGUGACCCGGAACUAUCUGGACUGGCUGACCUCGAUGCCCUGGGGAACUAAUAGUGAGGAAAACCUAGAGCUGAAACGGGCCAAAGAGGUGCUGGAGGAGGACCAUUAUGGGAUGGACGACGUCAAGAAAUGCAUUCUGGUGAGAGGAUUGCACUGUGGGAUCACCAUGGUCACAAUCUGACAGUGUUUGACAGUCAGAUUUUGGAUGUCAAAAAACUAUAAUAAUCUGUUACCAAAUAUUUCCUCAUCAAGAAAAUAAAGUUUUCCCUUGACCUCACCCAUCUCCCUCUCUUCCCUCCUGCAGGAGUUUAUUGCAGUGAGCCAGCUGAGAGGCUCAACCCAGGGAAAGAUCCUGUGUUUCUUUGGCCCUCCUGGUGUAGGAAAGACCAGUAUCGCCCGCUCCAUCGCCAGAGCACUCAACCGAGAAAAUUUCCGCUUCAGUGUUGGUUGUGUGACAGAUGUUGCCGAAAUCAAAGGCCACAGGUGGGUACUUAGCUACUGUUUAUUGCUCAAUAAAACAAUUAUGUCACCAUUCAAAUACUAGACAAUACAAAGUUGAGAGUAACUAUUACUUACUGUACUUUUGUGUUGUUUGUUUUCAGGAGAACAUAUGUGGGAGCCAUGCCUGGAAAGAUCAUUCAAUGCCUCAAGAAGACAAAGACAGAAAACCCACUGGUCCUUAUUGAUGAGGUGAAUAACAACAACUUUAUUUUCAAAGAUCUUUUGCUAUGUAGUCAGCUCUAGUUUUAUUUGGUUGACAUUCAUUUCGUUGUGUAUUGUUUGUAUCACUGUAUUAUUGGUGAAGGAGGUGAUUGACCAUUCUGUGUUUAUUCUUCCAGGUUGACAAGAUAGGUCGUGGUUACCGAGGCGACCCGUCCUCAGCUCUGCUGGAGCUCCUGGACCCGGAACAGAACUUCAACUCUCUGGAUCACUACCUAGAUGUGCCUGUGGACCUAUCCAAGGUAGGUGGACACACACACCCAUUAUGAUUCUCUAGCCAAUGGUGGCCAUUCCUGGUCCUGCAGGGCUUCAGUGUGUGCAGACUUUUGUUACAGCCCAACACUAAUAAUGAAUGGAUCAUGGUCUUGAAUCUAACAGUUUGUGUCCUUGUGUUCUUUCUAGGUUCUGUUUAUCUGCACUGCCAAUGUGACUGACACCAUCCCAGAGCCCCUGAGAGACCGCAUGGAGAUGAUCAACGUGUCUGGAUACGUGGCCCAGGAGAAACUAGCCAACGCUGAGGUAAUGUGUUACGACAUUAGAUUCAAUCAGACAGCUGUCUCCACAUACAACGCAUAGAGAAGACAAAGUCAACAAACAUGGUUUACAUCACAAAGCAAAACACCCACCCCAUCUUACAUCAAACAUUGAGUCAUUAACAAUGUUUCCAUCCAACCUUUUUAUGCGAGUAAAGUGCUUGUCGGAUAAAAAACAAAUGACAGACCUGAUGGAAACAGCAAAUUGUUUGUGUUGUGUGGACAGUUUAUUAGCUACAGAUGAUUCAUGUUAUGAUGAACUUCACAGGGUGGUGAAAGUGUAUGGUGAUGAGCUUGAUGCUCUUUUCCAAUAAAUACAAAGGGUCUUAAUUUGUAUGCUGGUGACAUGACGAUCGGUGCUAGGCUGCCAGGUGACAAAUAAAAAUGAUCUUGCUCUAAUUCAUAAUCACAUCAUUGAAUCAUUGCACUGUAUCUGUGAGCCGUCUGCUAGAGCGCAUGUGCCAGACCAGAGUAGGCAAAUUUGCUGUUUAUCACAAUACUUUUUGGGAAAAAACCAUCGGCACUACGUGCACUAGGUCAGUACGCAAGCUUUUUAAGCACAAGCCAAAUGCGUAAAAUGUGCAUAUCUUUUUGUGCAAAUUAUUAGAAUAUGAAAAAUGUUUGACAAAUGGAUGGACUCCUAGCUGUUGGUUGUAUCUCCAUCUCACUGUAACACUGUCUCGUCUCUUUCUUUCUCUCUAACAGAAGUACCUGGUACCCCAGUUGCGUACUCAGUGUGGGCUGACUGAGGAUACGACCAACAUCUCGCCAGAGGCUCUGAACCUUCUCAUCAGACAGUACUGCAGAGAGAGUGGAGUAAGGAACCUACAGAAACAAGUGGAGAAGGUCAGCCCAACCUUCACCUUCUGACUGCAUGUCUUAGUGGGUAUUUGUAAGUCGCUCUGGAUAAGAGCGUCUGCUAAAUGACGUAAAUGUAAAAUGUAAAUGUAUUCUCUAUACACUAUGGGACAAAUUUUCAUUUAUUCGACUUAAGUGGAAGUUAAGAUUCUGCCCUAUGAAAAGGGAAAUAAUAGACUUUAGAAUGUUGCUGAUGUAUCCAGGUGUUCAGGAAAGUGGCGUUCCAUAUAGUAAGCAGGGAGGAGACGGCGGUCCAGGUUACCCCUGACAACCUGCAGGAUUAUGUCGGCAAGCCCAUCUUCACUGUGGAUAGAACACCGCCUGGCGUUGUCAUGGGCCUGGCAUGGACAGCCAUGGGUAAGAAAGACCAGUGACAUGGAACAUACACUGAACAAAAAUAUACAGUGGGGGAAAAAAGUAUUUAGUCAGCCACCAAUUGUGCAAGUUCUCCCACUUAAAAAGAUGAGAGAGGCCUGUAAUUUUCAUCAUAGGUACACGUCAACUAUGACAGACAAAUUGAGAAAGAAAAAUCCAGAAAACCACAUUGUAGGAUUUUUAAUGAAUUUAUUUGCAAAUUAAGGUGGAAAAUAAGUAUUACCAAAUUGUACAUAACCCCACCGCCACCAUGCAGCACUCUGUUCACAAUGUUGACAUCAGCAAACCGCUCGCCCAAUGUCUGCCAUUUGCCCGGUACAGUUGAAACCGGAAUUCAUCCGUGAAAAGCACACUUCUCCAGUGUGCCAGUGGCCAUCAAAGGUGAGCAUUUGCCCACUGAAGUCGGUUACAACGCUGAACUGCAGUCUGAUCAAAACCCUGGUGAGGACGACGAGCACGCAGAUGAGCUUCCCUGAGACUGUGUCUGACAGUUUGUGCAGAAAUUCUUUGGUUUUGCAAACUCACAGUUUCAUCAGCUGUCCGGGUGGCUCAUCACAGACCAUCCCGCAGGUGAAGAACCCGGAUGUGGAGGUCCUGGUCUGGCAUGGUUACACGUGGUCUGUAGUUGAGAGGCCGGUUGGACGUACUGCCAAAUUCUCUAAAACUACGUUAGAGGCGGCUUAUGGUAGAGAAAUGAACAUUCAAUUUUCUGGCAACAGCUCUGGUGCAUAUUCUUGCAGUCACCAUGCAAAUUGCACACUCUCUCAAAAUGUGAGACAUCUGUGGCAUUGUGUUGUGUGACAAAAUGUUAAUGGCCUUUUGUCCCCAGCACAAGGUGCACCUGUGUAAUGAUCAUGCUGUUUAAUCAGCUUCUUGAUAUGCCACACCUGUCAGGUGAAUGCAUUAUAUUGGCAAAUGAGAAAUGCUCACUAACAGGGAUGUAAACAAAUGUGUGCACAACAUUUUAGAGAAAUAAGCUUUUUGUGCAUAUUGAACAUUUCUGGGAUCUUUUAUUUCAGCUCAUGAAACAUGGGACCAACACUUUACAUGUUGCGCUUAUAUUUUUGUUCAGUGUAGAAGAGAGAUGUGUUUUACAAGCAUUAUCCAUAGAGAACAAUACAAACACAGCUCUGAUCUUAAAGUCCCCCACUUCAUCACUCCUCUCCAGGUGGCACCACGCUGUUUAUAGAGAUGGCCCUGAGACGGCCGCGAGACACGGGGGGGUAAGGAUAAGGACGGCCCCAGGGAUGGGUCCCUGGAGAUCACAGGGCAGCUUGGAGAUGUGAUGAAGGAGAGCGCUAAGAUCGCCAGUACCUUCGCCAGGGCCUUCCUCGUGAAGCAGCAGCCGGACAACGACAUAUUUUCUGGCUCCCAUCUCCAUCUGCACGUCCCUGAGGUAGGGUUGAUGUAAUUAAUGGCACUGUCCUUAGACUGUAGCAGUUUUAACGUUUUGUCUGGUAUACACCUGGAUCUGCACAUCCCUUUCGUACAAACUGUGUCGGUUUGUUUUUGCCUCGAUGUAAAGAUUUCGAUGUACAUGUACUGACCAUGUAAUCUGAUCUUCAUGUCAUAUACCCAUUACAGUAUUCUAUGAAAAGGGACCUUCAAUGUACACAAACAACAUCCACUGUAGACAAGCCAUACCGAAAGGAACUGUGUUGUGUAUUGAUUUUUAUACAUAACCACAACCUCAUGAAGAAGUUUCUUAUUAACCUCUACUCUCCCUGUAUCACUCACUGAGGACGACUUUGGUUGUUUACAGGGUGCUACUCCCAAGGACGGGCCCAGUGCCGGCUGCACCAUCGUUACGGCCCUGCUGUCCCUGGCGACCAACACGCCAGUGCGGGAGAAUUUGGCCAUGACGGGAGAGGUGUCCCUGACCGGAAAGAUCCUGCCUGUGGGAGGCAUCAAGGAGAAGACCAUUGCUGUGAGACAUCAUUUUUACUAAUAACACUCUGUUUAUUUACCAGGGAGCUUAGUGUGAUAGAUUCACCAAUUAAUACAUUUUAUGAGGACAUUAACCAAGAAGGAAGCAAAAUGUACUUCAAGUAGCCUGUUAGUUUGUUAUAGUAGAGUGGUAUGUGAAGUAACUCUUCCAGAUAGCUGAUAUUCAAAACUAUAUGCAACUAUACGUUUUGCAUAUGACUUAGUUUAAUGUAUGGUUCAAUAUGUUCUUCUGAAAGCCUGUUCAAAAUAAAUCAUGAGGGUACAAUGGUAGUAUGAAACUGGAAAUGACAGUGGAGUUUGCAUAGAUAUCAGAGGCUGGUGGGAGGAGCUAUAGGACAGGCUCAUUGUAAUGAUAUGAUGAUAUGCCAUUUAGCAGACGCUUUUAUCCAAAGCGACUUAGUCAUGCAUAAAAAAAUGUUUUGCGUAUUGGUGGUCCCGGGGAUCGAACCCACUACCUUGGCGUUACAAGCGCCGUGCUCUACCAGCUGAGCUACAGAAAAUAGAUGUUGUGGUGGCAGCUGCAGAGAAGUACUUGGGGGUAUGAGAUUUGACUUCAGAAGAGUUACAGCAUGUGUUUAUUUUUCGAAUAGUAGAACAGUAUCAAGCAUAUGGGAACCACAGGUUUGACUUCAUUCCAUUUAUACUAUUCCAGCCAUUACAACCAGCCUGUCCUCAAAUAGCUCCUCCCACCAGCCUCCUCUGAUAGAUAUGGUUGUAUACAGUGCAUUCAGACCCCUUCCCUUUUUCUACAUUUUGUUACAUUACAGCCUUAUUCUAAAAUUGAUUAAAUAAAUACAAUUCCUCAUCAAUCUACACACAAUACCCCAUAAUGACAAAGCGAAAACAGGUUUUUAGACAUUUUUGCAAAUGUAUUAAAAAUCAAAAACACCUUAUUUACAUAAGUAUUCAGACCCUUUGCUAUGAGACUCGAAAUUGAGCUCAGGUGCAUCUUGUUUCCAUUGAUCAUCCUUGAGAUGUUUCUACAACUUGAUUGUAGUCCACCUGUGGUAAAUUUCAUUGAUUGGACAUGAUUUGGAAAGGCACACACCUGUCUAUAUAAGGUCCCACAGUUGACAGUGCAUGUCAGAGCAAAAAAAAGCCAUGAGGACGAAGGAAUUGUCCGUAGAGCUCCGAGACAGGAUUGUGUCGAGGCACAGAUUUGGGGAAGGGUACCAAAACAUUUCUGCAGCAUUGAAGGUUCCCAAGAACACAGUGGCCUUCAUCAUUCUUAAAUGGAAGAAGUUUGGAACAACCAAGACUCUUCCUACAGCUGGCCACUUGGCCAAACUGAGCAAUCAGGGAGGUGACCAAGAACCCAAUGGUCACUCUGACAGAGCUCUAGAGUUCCUCUGUGGAGAUGGGAGAACCUUCCAGAAGGACAACCAUCUCUGCAGCACUCCACCAAUCAGGCCUUUAUGGUAGAGUGGCCAGACGGAAGCCACUCAUGAUAAUUUUAAUAGAUUUACCCCCCAAAAAUCUAAAAACCAGUUUUUGCUUUGUCAUUAUGGGGUAUUGUGUAUAGAUUGAUGAGGGGGGAAAAAAACAAUUUACUCAAUUUAAAAAUAAGGUUGUAACAUAACAAAAUGUGGAAAAAGUCAAAGGGUCUGAAUACUUUUCCAAAUGCACUGUAUGGCAGAGCUUAUGUUCGGAAACGUGUCUGAAGGUUUUUCUAUUAGCAGUGUCGUAAUGAAUCUGCUUGAACAUUCCUCCCUUCUCUCACCAGGUGAAGCGUGCAGGGGUGACCUGCAUGAUUUUACCAGCUGAGAACAAGGACUUCUCUGACCUGCCUGAGUUCAUCACAGAGGGCCUGUAG